GGUAUCAGAUUGCAGUGCGCUUGCGGAGGCUCUGGGAUUUCUGGUAGCCCAGGAGCCUCUCAGAAUCUUGCUACUAUUCCUCCGCCUCCGUCCGGGAAAGCUCCCUAACCCAGCGCGGACGCGCAGAGUGAAAAUGGUUCACCAUUCAGGCUCCAUUCAGUCCUUUAAGCAGCAAAAAGGUAUGAAUGUAAGCAAAAGUGAGAUAACAAAAGAAACUUCAUUGAAACCAUCUAGGAGAUCCCUGCCUUGCCUUGCCCACAGCUAUGCUCAUUCAAAGAGCUUGAGCCAAUCUACCUCGCUCUUCCAGUCAACCGAGAGUGAAUCUCAGGCUCCGACCUCUGUAACUUUAAUCUCUGCUGACAAAGCAGAGCAAGUUAACUCCGAAGAGAAUGAAAAAGACUCCAUGCUCAAAUGUUCCUUUGCUGACCUCAGCGAUUUUUGCUUGGCCCUAGGAAAAGAGAAGGAUUACAUGGAUGAAUCAGAACAUGCUAACUAUGAUCGAUCACGUCUCAUUAAUGACUUUGUUAUCAAAGAUAAACCUGAAUCCAAAGCAAAAUCAUCUAAGAAUGACAUGAAUUACAUAGCCUCUAGUGGACUUCUAUUUAAAGAUGGCAAAAAGCGAAUUGACUACAUCCUGGUUUAUAGAAAGACAAAUAUACAAUAUGGCAAAAGAAACACAUUUGAAAAGAACCUCAGAGCAGAAGGCUUGAUGUUGGAGAAGGAGCCAGCUGUUGCAAACCCUGAUAUAAUGUUCAUUAAAAUCCAUAUCCCAUGGGACACGCUGUGCAAGUAUGCAGAGAGACUGAAUAUCAGGAUGCCUUUCAGGAAAAAAUGCUAUUACACAGACCGGAGGAGUAAAUCAAAGGGCAGGUUGCAAAAUUAUUUUAAAAGAAUAAAAAAGUGGAUGUCCCAAAAUCCAAUGGUUCUUGACAAGUCAGCUUUUCCAGACCUUGAGGAGUCAGACUGCUACACUGGCCCCUUUAGCAGAGCACGGAUUCACCACUUCAUCAUAAACAAUAAGGACACCUUCUUCAGCAAUGCUACACGAAGCCGGAUAGUCUAUCACAUGUUGGAGCGUACCAGAUAUGAAAGUGGAAUAUCAAAAGUGGGUAUCCGCAAACUUAUAAACAAUGGCUCAUAUAUAGCAGCAUUUCCCCCCCAUGAGGGAGCUUAUAAGAGUAGCCUACCCAUCAAAACCCAUGGACCUCAGAAUAGAAGACAUCUGUUAUAUGAGCGCUGGGCACGCUGGGGAAUGUGGUACAAGCACCAGCCUCUGGACUUAAUCAGGCUGUACUUCGGUGAGAAGAUUGGGCUGUACUUUGCUUGGCUGGGGUGGUACACUGGCAUGCUGAUUCCUGCAGCAGUGGUUGGCUUGUGUGUGUUCUUCUAUGGAUUGGUUACAAUGAAUGAAAGUCAAGUAAGCCAGGAGAUUUGUAAAGCCACCGAAGUCUUCAUGUGCCCUCUGUGUGAUAAGAAUUGUUCCUUGCAGAGACUCAAUGACAGCUGCAUCUAUGCCAAGGUGACAUAUUUGUUUGAUAAUGGAGGGACAGUCUUCUUUGCUAUAUUUAUGGCAAUAUGGGCCACAGUCUUCCUGGAGUUUUGGAAAAGAAGAAGAAGUGUAUUGACCUAUGCUUGGGACCUUAUUGAAUGGGAAGAAGAAGAGGAAACACUUCGCCCUCAGUUUGAAGCCAAGUAUUACAAGAUGGAAGUAAUAAAUCCCAUCACAGGAAAACCUGAGCCACAUCAGCCUUCAUCAGACAAAAUCACUCGUCUUCUCGUGUCUGUCUCAGGGAUAUUCUUCAUGAUUUCUCUGGUGAUCACUGCUGUGUUUGCUGUUGUGGUGUACCGCCUGGUGGUCAUGGAACGGUUCGCAUCAUUCAAGUGGAAUUUCAUCAAACAACACUGGCAGUUUGCGACAUCUGCUGCUGCUGUCUGUAUCAAUUUCAUAAUCAUCAUGUUGCUGAAUCUUGCUUAUGAAAAAGUUGCUUACCUCCUCACUAAUUUAGAAUAUCCACGAACAGAAUCUGAAUGGGAAAACAGCUUUGCCCUGAAGAUGUUCCUUUUCCAAUUUGUCAAUUUAAACAGUUCUAUUUUCUACAUUGCUUUCUUUUUGGGAAGAUUUGUAGGCCAUCCAGGAAAAUACAAUAAACUUUUUGACCGGUGGAGAUUAGAAGAAUGUCAUCCUAGUGGCUGUUUGAUAGACCUCUGCCUCCAGAUGGGUGUUAUCAUGUUUUUGAAGCAAAUAUGGAACAACUUCAUGGAGUUGGGAUACCCGCUGAUCCAGAACUGGUGGUCCCGACAUAAAAUCAAGCGGGGAAUACAGGAUGCCUCUAUACCUCAGUGGGAAAAUGACUGGAAUCUGCAGCCCAUGAACAUACAUGGCUUGAUGGAUGAAUACUUAGAAAUGGUUUUGCAAUUUGGCUUUACCACCAUCUUUGUGGCGGCUUUUCCUCUGGCCCCACUUUUGGCUUUGUUAAACAAUAUCAUUGAAAUCAGGCUUGAUGCAUAUAAAUUCGUCACCCAGUGGAGGAGGCCUCUGCCAGCCCGAGCAACUGACAUAGGUAUCUGGCUUGGAAUUCUUGAAGGAAUUGGCAUAUUGGCUGUGAUCACCAAUGCAUUUGUAAUUGCUAUUACAUCUGACUACAUCCCACGUUUUGUCUAUGAAUACAAAUAUGGCCCCUGUGCAAAUCAUGUAGAACAGAAUGAAAAUUGCUUAAAAGGAUAUGUCAACAAUAGCCUAUCCUUCUUUAACUUGAGUGAGCUUGGUAUAGGAAAAUCUGGUUACUGCAGGUACCGAGACUACCGAGGCCCACCUUGGAGCUCCAAACCCUAUGAAUUCACUUUACAAUACUGGCACAUCCUUGCUGCUCGAUUGGCCUUCAUUAUCGUGUUUGAGCACCUCGUUUUUGGAAUUAAGUCAUUCAUCGCAUACCUGAUUCCAGAUGUACCAAAGGGCCUACAUGAAAGAAUACGACGGGAGAAGUACUUAGUCCAGGAAAUGAUGUAUGAGGCUGAACUAGAACAUUUACAACAACAACGGAGACAGAGUGGUCAGCCUGUUCACCAUGAGUGGCCUUAGUUGAUACCAUUAGUGCAAGAGGGGAGGUACCAUUAGUUGCAAAAGAAUGAUGUUAAUUGUAAAUCUAGGUGACAUCUCAGAGAAAGGUAUAUUUGACAAAAUGUAGGCAUCAUAUGCUACUUGGAAAUGUAUCACAGCAAUCUCUGGGAUUUGGAAUGUAGAAGUUUCUAGGGAAGGAGAUAAUAACUUGUGACCUUAAAAAGAGGUUAGGCUGAUGAUUUAGGAAGCCA